GGAGCCGCCACGCAGCAGCGGUGACCCGGACACGCCGGGAGGCAGCCGCCGCCUGCGCACAGCCGGAGCCGCUGCCUCCCCUUGACUUUCGCUUCUCCACGGCGCCAGCGACCUCUGCUCCUGCGGGCACGGCGGACGGCGCUCCGGCUGCUUGGGCACCGCGCACGCCGCGGACCCCUGAAACCUAUGGACCAUGCUCUACAAGACAUGUGCAGGCUGUGUAUGUCAGCGCGGUGUGCAUGUGCUGUAUGCCAGAGGCCUUCUGUACUUUGGAUCAAUCGUAUUGUCAUCGGCUGCAGCACGAUGUGUACUUUCUUACAAGCAAUAGCCGACUGAAUGAGCAAGUAGUUGAUAAAAUUAUUCUUCAGCUUAACAGAGUCUACCCCCAAAUUCUUACCAAUGCAGAAGCAGAAAAGUUCAGAAAUCCAAAGGCAUCACUCCAUACCAGACUUUCAGAUCUCAUAAAGCACCUUCAAAAGAAAGGAGAGAGACACUGCCAAGAGUUUUACAGGGCUCUACAGAUCAAUGCUGAACAGCUGUAUGAUGACCUACCAAGCAGGAAAGUCCUCAAAACCACAGAUUCCACAGAGAUAGACACUGACAAGGAGAAAUAUAUGCUAAAUGACAGGGGUCCGGUAUUUUUCCUCGCUUGCUUUAGCGUUGCUGCGGGAUUUGCGUUGUUCUGGUAUUGCUGUAACUCAGAUAUGAAAGUCGUAGCAAGAGCCAGGAGAAUCUUGGGCUUUUCUCCUAUUAUCAUAGGAAGACACGUUAGAAAUAUUUGUAUGUUGUAUUUGGAAGACAGAUCAAGAAAUUAAGGAAAAGCUGCCUAUUCGCUUGACUGUACAGUAUGCCUGCCAAAGGAAGACAACGGUGCAUGAAUAUUAAUGUACUAUGCUCUCAUACCAAAGAUUUUAUUAACUAGCUUCAUCAGUAAUUGCAGUGCCUCAAGAUGUAUUCAGAAUUUCAGCUAUAUAUGUCCUUCUUUAUUGAAAUGGACUAUUUAUUUUUGUAAAUGCUUAUUUUAAAAUAUUUAUCAUUGGGAUAAAAAAAUAUUUUUAAUACAGACUUUAAAAUUA